AUGGCCCCCCUCGACCACGCACGCCUCCAUCCCGCCCACCAGCCACAGUUCGCCCACUUUCCCUCCCGGCGCUCCACCGUCUUCUCCACCAAGGGCAUCGUCGCCACGAGCCAGGUUCUCGCGGCGCAGGCGGGGCUCGAGAUCCUCAACAAAGGCGGUAAUGCUGCGGAUGCUGCUGUUGCUACCGCGGCCGCUUUGAAUGUCACGGAGCCUACUUGUACUGGUAUCGGGGGUGAUAUCUUUUGUCUCUUCUAUCACGGCAAGACCAAGCAGGUCAAAGCCGUGAACGGCUCUGGUCGAGCACCCAAAGAACUUACCUUGGAACACCUGAGAGAGCAAGGUAUCACUGGUGAUAGCAUUCCACUGACCAACCUCAACUCUGUUACCGUCCCGGGCGCUGCCGCCGGCUGGCUCACUACCAUCCAAGAAUUCGGUUCUGGAAAGCUGUCCAUGCGCGAUAUUCUUGAUCCCGCGAUAAGGAUGGCGAGGGAAGGUGUGCCGGAGGGAGAGCUGAAUGCAAAGCAGUGGCAGAUUGCAGAGGGACUGUUGAAGGGUGCUUCGGACAAUUGGGACGAGAUGACGAUGCCGGAUGGCCAUGCCCCAAGGCCGUCAGACGUCAUGACCCACGCUACCUUGGCAGAUACAUUUGAAGCUGUAGCCGAGCACGGCCAUGCCGGAUUCUACAAAGGCCGCAUAGCCCAAGCUAUCGUCGACCUCGUCCAAUCUGGUGGUGGCGUCAUGUCUCUCGACGACCUCGCAGAGUGCCAAGCCGAACUCGUCCAGCCCAUCUCGUACACAUACAAACCCCAUCACCCUCCCGCGCCAUCAUCAUCUUCCGAGAAAGACCCCGGCGUCACACUCUGGGAAUGUCCACCUAACGGUCAAGGUCUUACUGCUCUUGUCGCAUUGGGUAUAGUGGAAGCUGUAGAGGAGGUACAUGGGAUUGAUGUUCUGGAGCUGGAACAUAAUGGGGUGCAAUAUCUGCACAUCCUCAUUGAAGCUUUACGUCUCGCCUUUGCAGACUCUCGGUACUAUGUCACCGAUCCCGCUUUCAACCCCACCCCCGUCGACGAGCUGCUCUCCAAACCAUACCUCCUCUCCCGCGCCAAACUUAUCGACCUGACCAAAGUCGUCCCUGUCAAGCACGGCAGCCCCGUCAACAGCUCCGAUACUGUCUAUCUCGCAACGGCGGAUAAUGAAGGGAACAGCUGUAGUUUCAUAGCCAGCAACUAUGCCGGUUUUGGUACGGGCGCCAUCCCGAAAUCAUGCGGUUUCACCCUGCAAAACAGGGGCACGGGCUUCACCCUCAUCCCCGGUCAUCCCAACUGCGUAGCCGGCGGAAAACGACCGUAUCACACCAUCAUCCCCGGUAUGGUCACCCAAGGCGACGAUCUGUUGAUGAGUUUCGGGGUCAUGGGAGGGUUUAUGCAGCCGCAAGGUCAUAUCCAAGUCUUGCUCAACAAACUCCGCGGGUUUGGGACGCAAGCGUCUCUGGACGCUCCUCGGUUCUGUAUCUCGGCGGGUUUGCCGGAUAAUGGGACGUCUGGCGCAGAACAGGGAGCAGGGGAUAUUGAUAGUGAGAUUUGGUUUGAAGAAGGUAUCUCUCUCGAAGUCAUCGACGAGCUCAAACGUAUGGGCCACCAGUGCGAGAUCGCAUCCGGCUACGCAAGAAAGAUUGCGGGGAAGGGACAGGUGGUGCAGAGGGUUGUGGAUCCGAAUGGGCGGAGGGUGUGGGCUGCGGGCUCGGAUUUGAGGGGCGAUGGGUGUGCUGUGGGGCAGAUUUAA